AUGCGCCGUCUUAAUCUGAUCUUGAUGGCAGGGCUCUGCGGGGCCCGCCAUCCUGGCUUCAGCAUUCACGAUGACCUCGUGGCAUAUCCCCAGUACGAGAUAGUCUUUUCCGAAUCCUUCAUUUCAGAACACGAAGCGCAAGCCCUCCUCGACCGUGGGAAUUCCCAUUCCACGUACUCCGCCGAAUUCUCGACAGCCUCCGACGUCUCCCAGAAUGUCCGCGAAUCCACCGGCGCCGACGGCGGUGUCGCGCCCGAGAUCUUCGAGCGCUACGAGGUCAUGAAUAUGCACCCGACAAAGUACCUUUGCUCGAUACCCAUCCUAGAGCCACAAACGCCAGAGAAUCAUACGGCGACGGAGCUUGCGAAACAAGAGGAGGCGCGGGAGCUGGCCAAGGCCUCCGCCCACGGCUGGGAGCUGUUGAACGAGCUCGACGGAAAUUGUCUGUACUUCAUGUCCGGAUGGUGGAGCUACAGCUUCUGCUACAACCGCGAUGUUGUCCAAUUCCACGCGCUGCCCACCGUCCCGAACGGACAGCCCCCGGUUCGCGACCCGCAUACCGCCGAGUACGUCCUGGGCAGGGCGGGCAAGUCGCCUAGCCAGCGCCAGCAAGCACAGAACCAGCAACAGCAGCAGCAACAGCAGCAGCAGCAGCAGCAGAAGCCUGUGACCAAGUCUGGGGAUCCACCGGCGAACACGGAUUUGCAGAUCAAGGGGGACCAGCGAUACCUCGUUCAAAGGAUGGACGGCGGAACGAUCUGCGACCUGACGGGCCGCGAGCGCACCAUCGAGGUGCAGUACCAUUGCGUGCCAGGCAUGAAGGGGGACCGCAUCGGUUGGAUCAAGGAGGUCACUACGUGCGCCUAUCUCAUGGUGGUCAACACCCCGCGGCUCUGCGACGACGUUGCAUUCCUCCCGCCCAGGGCCACAAGUGCGAACCCUAUCAGCUGCCAACUCAUCAUUCCCGCAGACAAUCCCACAGCACAGGCGGAAUGGCACCGCUUGAAGACGCUCGAGGCGCAGGAGGCGAUGGCGGGGCAAAAGCUGCCGGAAGACCCCGCCGCCGAGGGUGAGGAGUCGCUGCAGAAGCAGGGCCAGCAGGACCCGAAUGCGAGGGAUAGAGCACAGAAGGGUGUGAAUGUGGGCGGCGUCAUCGUCGGCGCCCGCAACGUCCUUGCUGCUGCCGACGAAGACGGCAAACCCCCUGCCAAGCUUGCGCCGCCGCGCAGCUACCUCCCCGGUCGUGGUCACGGGCCUCUGGUCGAGAUCAUUGCUAGCGCGAAGAGCAAGGCUGACGGUGGCGAGGUGAAGCUGCUGGACAAGGAGGAGCUCGAGAAAAUGGAUCUGAGCCCUGAGCUGGUGGAGGAGAUGAAGGCCGAGCUGGAGCGGAUCGCUGGUGACAAGGGUUGGAAGCUCGAAGUCGUUGAGCAACCGGGCGACCCGCGAGAGAUACGCGGAAUCGUCGAUCAUACGGGCGAGGGGAAGGGUGAGGGAAAGAGUGAGGACGCGUUGGACGACGAGAAGCAGGAGGGUAGCGAGGAACAGUUCUUCAAAGAGGAGCUCUGA